AUGACUCUGCCAAGCAAGAAUGAUAACACGACCGUUGUGGCCGUUGUCCCAGUCCCGGAGUACGACACAGCUGGCCAUGAAGCAACCAGCUUGUACCCAUCAGUCCCCACCAGCAACACAAGCACUCCAUAUUCUUCAACCACAAAGCUUGCCUUGGCCGCUCCAACAUGCCCAGACGGAGGUGUUGUGGCCUGGGCGCAGGUCCUCGCGGGCUUCCUCAUGAACGCCGUCGGAUGGGGUUAUCCUGCAACAUUUGGCAUGUACCAGCUGCACUACGUCAGCAACCUCGGCCUGCCGGGCAGCCAGGUCGCCUGGGUCGGUAGCGUGCAGACGUUCCUGGCCUAUGCGCUCUGCGUCGUCGCGGGCAGGCUCGCUGACGCUGGGUAUAUCCGGUCGACGGUCUCAGUCGGCUCUGUGUUCGUGGUGGUGGGCACCUUGGCUACCAGCUGGGCUGUCAAGUACUGGCAGAUCCUGCUGGCCCAGGGUCUUUGCACUGGCUUGGGACUCGGUCUGAUCACGACCCCAACGUUGACAGUUUUGACGGUAAUUGCUCAACAAGUAGCACAAAUGUCCCCGACCACGUGCGUGGCCCUUCUCAUGAUCAACUCGGCCGUGGGCAUCCCCAUCCGUCCCCUGUCCGGAAUGAUCGCAGACCGCUUCCCUCGCAUCCUCGGGCCCGUGAACAUGUUUGCCAUCACUACGCUCCUCGUCGGCGCGUCGCUCCUGGCAUGGAUAGCCGCGAGCACGUCCGUGGACAUGUACAUCUUCGCCGUUGGCUUCGGAGUUGUCAACGGAGCCUCCCAGAGCGUAUGGCCCGGGGCGCUCAUCAGCAUCACCCCGGACCCCAAGAGGCUUGGCGUCCGCUACGGCAUGCUCUGCGUCUUUGCCGCCCUGGCCACCCUCGUCGGCCCGCCCAUCGCCGCGGCCAUCGUCGACGCUGCCGCCCGCGGGGGUGGCAACGGCUUCAUGCCUGCGCAGGCGUGGGCUGGUGCCCUUGCUCUUGUUUCUGGUGUCAUUGCGUUUGGGGCGAGGCCCAACCCCCUUCCCAAGUCCGAGGUUGACGAGAAGGUCUAA